CCUUUUCUGGCAGGUCAAUCAGGUAUCCACUACGAUACUUUUGCUCGCUCAGCAAAACGAUACAGGCGUUGUUUAAGAGUUAGCCACUAUAUUUCUGUUGUUUAGUGUAAUUCUGCGUCAAUCCUCUCAAAGCACCAUAUAGGUUGGUCUGCUAAAUAAACUCGAUCAUUUGGACACUGAGUGCUCUUGUCGUGAUUCUAUCAAGUGACAGCAUCGAUAUCAGCAAUUCGUUACUUUCCAUUACCAUCAUGUCGCGCCCGUACCCCGAUUAUUACUACGAUGAACGAUACAGGAAUCCCCAAUAUGGCUACUACGGUCAGCAACCUGGUGGAGGAAAUGGAAGCCCUCCUGGCGAAUACCCUCCACAGCAGUAUCAACAUGGACAGCCACCCCAGUAUGCAUACAAUAUGGCUGCACCCUCCGACAAUCAGUACCCCAGCCAGUCACCCAACAAUCCUCCCGUGUACCCUCAACAAAGCUACUCAUAUCCUUACGAUGCAAAGCAGCCGGUGAGCGAAUACAGUGACAACAAAACUGCACCCAUGGCUUAUGACCAUACCCCGAUGAACCCUCCGCAGGUUCAGCAGCAGCAAGGGGAGAGUGCUUCGUACUAUAAUACCCCACCAGGGCCUCCUGUUACCACAGCUCUAGAGGGAGAGAAAGGACUGGCAUCUACUGUAGCCGGUGCGGCUGGUGGAGGUUUUCUCGGCCAUAAGCUGGGAGGUGGAGUUCUGGGUGCCGCAGGAGGUGCAUUGGCAGGGGCUGCGGGAAUGAAAAUUGCAAGUAAAUUGCGUAAGAAGCACAAGGAGAAGCAUCAUGGCUAUCACAAGCGUGGAUCGUCUUCCGCUUCGUCCAGCUCGAGCUCGAGUUCGAGUUCUAGCUCCAGCUCCUCUAGUGACAGCGAUUCCUCGUGAAUUGGCAGUUUCGAUGAAACUCCCUUGUAUGAAAUUCGGGUCCAAUGCAGCGUUGAAGUAGUGCUAUUGGUGACAGUUUCCGUUAUGACUUCCUUCUUGUAUUCAUAAAUUAAGUCACUGCGUCAUUCACGAGAGGGAACAAUUGAAGGCACGUUAUACGCCAUUAGGAGCGUUACAGGCUUCCAUGUGUAUGACAUGAGUUGUUACUAUAGACCCCUGCCACGAAUAUAACUCGAG